UUGGCGGGGAGGGAGUAGUCACGUGGCCGGAAGCGGAGUGCGCGGCGCUGUAGUGUGAGGGGAGCGUGAUGGAGCGCUACGACAAGGCGGCCCUCAACGCGCUGGCGCCCCCCGAGCCCCGGCAAAAUGAGGGUUCAAUAACGUCAACUUUAAGAACACUCCUGUUCUUCACUGCUUUAAUGAUCACACUACCUAUUGGGCUGUAUUUUUCUUCAAAGGCUUAUGUAUUUGAAGGUACCUUUGGAAUGUCCAACAGAGACAGCUAUUUUUAUGCUGCCAUAGUUGCUGUUGUUGCUGUUCAUGUGGUACUUGCUCUGUUUGUCUAUGUAGCGUGGAAUGAAGGUUCUCGGCAGUGGCGGGAAGGCAAGCAAGAUUAAAGUGAAUAUCACCAUCUGAUGCCUAUGGACUGUAAACAGAGUAGUUGUGGAUUGAGUAAGAACUUUCUUCAUAAUGUACGGUGUACACAUACAACAAAGUGGAGGUUAAUGCCUCAACACUGGAAGUCUGUAUGAAUAGAACAAGAUUUAUGCUCAUCUCAUCUGAAUACCAAUAUUUGGCUAAAGACUAAAACAAAAGUUAUUCAACCUCAACUUGGCAAGGUUGAGAAGAUCUUCACCUGAAAUUGAAACAAAUAGGCUGGGCUGAAUGUGUGCAGUUUGGGUUUUUUUGUUUUUUGGAAUUUUUUUGUGCACAUCUUGGAGCAGGCAAGAACAGCUAAGCAAAAUGUUGGUUGAAGUCAAUUAUUAAGUUAAAAUUAUGUAUCGAUUCCUUCUGUUAACUUACUAGUUUCAAAAGAAACUGAGUAAUAUGCCAGUAGGACUAAAACACUAGCUUCGUUCAUGUUUUAUGGGCCUUUGCUCCAUUUUGGGAGCACAGAAUCAAACUGAGCAUUGUUUUGUACUAGUCGGACAUGGUAAUACAAGUAUAUAGUUUACAUUUUUGUUUGGAGCAAUGGAACAGAUAAUGCACUUUCCAUAAUCCCAGAAGGUAGCUCUUGAGGCUAAAAAACUUGCAUGUUGGAGAGCAGUUAGUUAAAUAUGCUUGUAGCAAUUGUAAGAUAUCACAGCCACAAAUUUAAGGAUGCACCCUUACAAUGUCAUUAGCAAAAUAUGGCUUCUCAGUUUAACCAAAAAUCAUUUUUGCAUCGCAUUUAUCUAGAAAACAUUAUUUUUGAUCUAUAAUUAAUCUAAUCUCCAGGGCAUAUUUUUCUAAGUUAUACAGAACCAUUUUAGGUGAUAACUUGCUGAUAUAGUAAGGAGUAACUGAUACAUUUCAAAGUGAUCUGUACUACAGCUCAAAUCAUAAGUAUAAUGUGAAUCUCAGCAAUGAGCUUUACUUCCAAUUAAAUGCAGCAAAUUCUCUGGAAACUCAUAUCUGGGGACAAAGAUAAGGGCAAAACAACUAGUUGAUCAGAAAACUUGAUUUUGGUCCUGCACUUCAUAUUAAACUUUUUUUUUCUUUUGAAUAUAACUUUUUGGCUUGUUGCAUUUUAAAUUCUUAUGAUUUGUUCCUGCAUCCUUUGGCUAUUUCUAAUGAAUCUGGAAGAUUGCAAUAUUGUGAACUUGCUUAUCUGCCUACCUUUCCUGUUGUGAACCUUCCUUACAAAAGGAGAGAUAUUUAGUAUUUAUUUUGCAGUGAAAAUACUAAAUAGCAGUUGCUCUGGACUAGCUCUGUUUCAACUGAUAACGGGCUGAUUUUUUUAAAAUAUUUUCUGGGGUGUAGUCAUGAACAAAGAGAGUGGGUUUUAGAGAUGUACAGGAGAAACAAGCAUGUUUUAAAGGAAAAAGCAAACCAUAGUGAUACUGUGAAAUAAUAUGGUAAUGAUACUGUGACCACUGUUAAAAGAUUGGCACCAUCAUAUUUUAUCAUUGCUAAUUCCCAAUAAUAAAAAACGCCUGUAUGUUUUGUUGAAUCAUGAACUAUAUAGUCAAAUCAGGAUGAAACUUUGCUAGCAUGCUGCCCUGAAUUGCAUUUUGGUUUUGUGCUAACCUUAACAGGCUUUUUGCAUGUGUGGGGAACAGGGUACCACCAUGCACGGAACUUUCCCAAUUCGUUGUUUUUUUUUUGUGGUUUUUCUUUUUUUUUUUAGGGGUUAGGUUUCUUGGGUUUGUUUCAUUUUGUUUUGUUUUUAAAGCAGUUGCUUUGGGUUUUUCCAUUUCAUUUUUACCACUUACACCAUUUCUAUGAGAUUUUUGCUUAAUACAAGAUACAGAGUAUUAGCUCUUGCACUUGCAGGCAAAAUAUGUCUAUGAAUAUUAUAAAACGAGGCACAGGUGCAUACCUGCCUUGCAGCUAUAGAAUGGAGUAUUAAGCUGUAGAACCAUCUCACAUGUGGGAUGAAGCAUUAACGCGAAACCUGCUAUUGCAUAGUGACUUCAGAUUAGGACAAAUCAACCUUUAAAUCCUUGUUCCUACAGCAUUAGGUUUUCCAGUCUAAAAGGCCAGUGUUAGGUUGCUGCUGGCACACUAGGAAAUGAUCCUGUAGUUUAUUUCUCGUGCAGUUUUAUUUUAUAAGGUGACACAGUGAGAAAUUCCUAUCUUCUCACCUAUGUUCUACAUGUUAUAUAAUAAAUAAUGCCUUGUAAGAAAGAGAGACCUUGUAGAACAAAUCCCAUUGUCAAGAACUAGUAAACAAAUAUUAGAGCUGAAAAGUUUCUGGACUGUUAUUUUGUUGCUGCUCACAUACUAACACAGUGUAUCAUAAAGAAUAGAUUAGCUAAAGCAAUGUACAGAGUAAAUUUUGCUCAAUUUAUAAUAUGUUUGAAAAUGAAAGGUCUGUCCUGCUUCACUAAUUGUGUACUAUAUUAUAUCUAUGUUUGUGUUCUAUGGCAGGAAUGUCCUGAUGCUAAAACUGUAUUUCCUUGGGAUUAUGGAAAUAAUUACUUAACUUGCUGGGUUGAUCACAAAAACUGAGAUGUGCUGGAAAAGUCUGAGAGAGCCAGGGCAUCUCAGCCAUUUAAGAGUGGAAAAGAUAGUGUUAACGCAUUCACUACAUCUUGUUUCUGCAAGUGGCAUAUCAUGGUUUCAAAAACAUUCCCUUGAGAGAAAGCAAGAUGAUUAUGUGGAAAGGGGUAAGAGCAAUAAGCCAGGUUAUAUAUUGUCAGAGCAAGGAAGCUGGUGAGCCAUCAGGUGCGACACAGUGGCUGCAUGUAGACAAAGUACUGCCUGCAAAGUCAUUGAGUACUUGUAUAACCAAGUACUCAAUGACUGCAGUAACUGUGAGCUGCACAGUUGGCGUCUCAUGUAGACACAGCCAGUGAAAAGUACACUAUUGAAACCAGUAGGAAGUCAGCACCACAGAAUUGGAAAUUAAAAAGGGCUUAAAGAGCAUCCAUAGAACAGUUCAGAUACGGCUUAAGAUCUGCCUUCAACUCAAUGUAAGCAUUAGCUUGUCUAAAAACUGGCUUGGUUUGACUAAUGUAGACAAGCCCAAAAUCUGUUUGUUUAAAACAAAGCAAACACUAUAAGUGCUGCUUCAAAUAGGAUUCUGACUCAUUCCAUUUGGAUAUCCAGGGAUUUAGAAACAUGGCUGUAAUGCCUGCAUACCCCAGCAAUAGACCUCUUCCCCCCAGCGGCUGUGCUAAGCCUCACCAUAAAGGCAGAACUAAGAGACUGCCCAAAAAGCUUGCAAAUGAGGAACUUCUUCCUUGUUUGCAAGCUCUUUGGCCGUGGUCUGAUGUAAAUGUUCAUGCUAAGUGUUAGUUUGGCAUAAACUGAGACUUUCUAAUAAAGAUUAUGUAUAAUAGCAGGGAGCUCUCUAUCAGGAUAGGCUUUGUUUGUAGGGGGAUGCUGGUUUGCGGGACAACGAGUGAAAUUGGUUUCAUGAACUGCUCUGCUAAUGUCAACAUAAUGGGUUGCUAAGCCUUCUUGAUAGUAGAAAUUACGUGCCAUGAUAGCGUCUACUUGAAGCCUUCUUGUGCUUCAGCAACACUUGAAUAUUUUUUUUAAAUCUGUAUGUUCCAACCUUUGUAGCCUGAACAUUUAAUGUGUAAUCCAUUGUCUGUGCAGGGUAACAUAGAAGCAAAUUUGUACGCUGUAAUGUUGUAACAUUGUAUUUCUAAAAUCAUAAAUGUUUUUGUCUUCUA